AUGAACUUUGAUCAAUUGACAGAUGAACAAAAGCAGCAGCUUUACCUACAGCAUUUGCAGCAGCAACAACAGCAGCAACAACAGCACUAUACAAAUCAACUUCAACUGUCACAAGGACAACACUAUCAGCUGCUAAACCAAGGGCAUCCAGGACAGGGUGAUGAUAGUUUCAUGGAUGAAGAUACAGUGGAGUUGGUAGAGGAAGUACCUGUUCAGCUAGAGGACCAAUCACCGAUUAGGGGUCAGCAGCAACUACAUAACCAUCAACAACAACAACAACAGCAGCAGCAGCAGGGGUAUUUGAAUGCGUUGCCACCACAAAUGAACACCAUGUCAUCGCCUCGUUUCGCACAACUGGACAAAUUUGAGCAAGGUUUUUCAUCGCACUCGGGGCACAAUGGCAAGGGGAUUCAGUUCAGUUCAAUAGAUUCGAUGAAUUAUCAACCUCCAGUGAAUAACUUUACCCAGCUCAAUAAUGUGUCCAAUACAAACUUGUCGGAAAUCAGUAACGGCAAUCAGUCGUCAACAUUGAAUUUGACUAGCUCACCUGAGUUGAAUUCGCCUCCGGAAACCCCCGUUACUUCGUCUACUUGGUCACAACAGGGACAAGCUCCACAACCGUCGCAGCUGCCACCUAAACGGGCACCUCAGGCUUUGCAAUCGCCAAUGAAGGCAAUGCCUCCUCAACAGCAACAGCAACAGCAACAGCAGGAACAAUCGACAACCAGUUUUACUCCUCCCUCCUCUGGUGGUCGAGAUUUAAACCCAUCCACCAAUCAAAGUUUGGCAUAUGUUCAUUUCAAUAGACAGCCACACCUUUUGCCCAGUGAGAUACAAGAUCGAGGCAAGGCUGUAAAGUUAAAGAUGGAAAAUUUCUAUACAAUGGCAGUGAAUCAUGCCAUUGAAAGGAACCAAAGACGAAUGCAAAUGGAGCAAAAAUUGAUUGAAGAAGGAGCAGGAGUCUCUGAAGAGCGGAAAAAUCGCCACAUUCAAAACUAUAGCAAAAAAGAAAAGCAGUUUUUACGGUUGAGAAGAACCAAAUUGUGUUUGGAAGAUUUUGAAACGAUUAAAGUGAUUGGUAAGGGGGCUUUUGGUGAAGUAAGAUUGGUUCAAAAGAGAGACAAUGGUCAUAUCUAUGCCAUGAAGACGUUGUUGAAGUCGGAAAUGUACAAGAAGGAUCAAUUGGCGCAUGUGCGUGCUGAAAGAGAUGUGUUGGCCAAUAGUGAUUCUCCAUGGGUUGUUUCGUUAUUCUAUUCAUUUCAAGAUUCUCAAUAUCUUUAUUUGAUUAUGGAGUAUUUACCAGGUGGUGAUUUGAUGACGAUGUUGAUUAGAUGGCAAAUUUUCACCGAAGAUAUCACGAGAUUCUAUAUGGCUGAAUGUGUGUUGGCAUUGGAAGCUAUUCACAAGUUGGGUUUUAUUCAUCGUGAUAUCAAACCAGAUAAUAUCUUGAUUGAUAGACGUGGACAUAUUAAACUAAGUGAUUUUGGAUUGUCUACUGGGUUCCACAAGACUCAUGAUUCAAACUACUACAAGAAGUUGUUGGAGGAGAAUCCUAGCCAGCCGCCAUUACCGGCAAAUCAUUUGACAAGUAAUAGUAAUGGACGUAAUUCAAUGAUGGUGGAUGCUAUACAUUUGACCAUGUCCAAUAGACAACAGAUGCAGACAUGGAGAAAAUCACGAAGAUUGAUGGCGUAUUCCACAGUUGGUACCCCGGACUAUAUUGCUCCUGAAAUUUUUGUACAUCAGGGAUAUGGACAAGAAUGUGAUUGGUGGUCAUUGGGGGCAAUUAUGUUUGAAUGUUUAGUAGGAUGGCCACCAUUCUGUGCCGAGACUCCGCAUGAAACGUAUCGUAAAAUCAUCAAUUGGCAAGAAACGUUGCAAAUACCAGAUGACGUGCACUUAUCUCCCGAGGCGGAAGAUUUGAUUAAACGGUUGUGUACAUCAGCUGAGCAAAGAUUGGGUCGAUAUGGAGGAGCAGAUGAGAUAAAGCAGCACCCUUUUUUCCGAGGUGUUGAUUGGGAUAGUAUACGCAAAGUUGAUGCACCAUUUAUUCCCAAGUUGAGAUCGAUCACUGAUACGAGAUUUUUCCCUACUGAUGAGUUGGAAAAUGUGCCUGACAAUCCAAUCUUGACCAAAGCAAUGGAACAACGGGAGUUGGAUGCCAAGAAUGGUGGAAGAAAGAAUCCAAAGGAGGAUUUGCCAUUUAUUGGAUAUACUUAUUCAAGGUUUGAUUAUUUGACAAGGAAAAAUGCGUUAUAG